AUGGGUUCUUCUCAGUUUUUUCCUUGUCCACACUGCACCAUCUCCUUCACUUACUGUUAUUUCCUGGAGAACCACAUCAAGACCAAACACCAGAAGCAGUACCUGGCCAUAUUGAAAAGCCAAGUCUCAAAGAGUAAAACCGUGUACGGCCCCACACACAGCUGUCCCCACUGUAGCUGCAUGUUCCAUACACCACGACAGCUAGACAUUCACACCCGCAAGGCCCACCCCUCUGCCCUUUCCCAGAAACCUGCCCCUCCCCGGAAACCUGCCCGUCCCCACAGGGUUCAGAAGUUCCACACCUGCCCACAGUGUUCCCGCAGAUUCAAGUACCUGGGCAGCCUGCUGAAGCACUGCAAGAGUUUGCACAAAAUUGCCGUUGUUCUCACCAAUGGACACAUUAGUUGCGCGGACUGUGGGAAGAGCUUUGAGAAUUGCUGGGGCCUGGGGCCUCACCGGUGUCACGAACCAGAGGGUUCUAAACCUAAGGACACUAAGCCUGUGAUCUGUCUGGAAGUCGGCUUCCAAUGCUUAGAGUGUGGCAAGAUCCUCACUACUCCUACGAGCCUGAACACUCACAUGCGCAUCCACACCGGAGAGAAGCCUUAUGUCUGCAAGGAGUGCGGCAAGCGCUUCUCAGGUACCAGCGCUUACCGUUAUCACUUGUUAAUACACAAUGGGGUCAAGCCAUUCAAUUGCCACGACUGCGGGAAGGCUUUCAAACAGAAGUCGCUCCUCAGAAAACACAAGACUGUUCACUCUGGUGAGAGGAAGUACUCCUGCUCCCAAUGUGACAGGCAGUUUGCAUACAGGGAGAGUCUGGCGCUUCACCUGCGCACACACUCAGGGGAGAGACCUUUCAAAUGUACUGUGUGUGGUAAAGACUUUGCUGACAAAGGUUAUCUGAAAACUCAUCUGAAGAUCCACAGCAACCAGAAAAACUACCAUUGUGGGGUUUGUGGGUGGAAGUUCAUUAGGAUUGGGGUGCUGAACACACACCUGCGCUCACACACCGUGGAGAGGCCUUACCACUGCACAGUGUGUGACAAGCAAUUUUCCCGACUCGACCACCUGAAGAACCACCAGCGCACUCACACAGGUGAGAAACCAUACACCUGUACAGAGUGCGGUAAAAGCUUCACUCAGUCUGGAGAUCUGGCCAAACACAAGCGCUUCCACACUGGGGAAAGGCCAUUUGAAUGUUCUGAAUGCCACAGCCGGUUUAUCUGUUCAGGUUCUCUGACCCUGCACAUGAGGACCCACACUCACCGUGAUGUAAAGCCAUACUCCUGCCAAGAGUGUGGGAAGAGCUUUUAUGAACAGAGUCACGUUAAAGUCCACAUGAAAAUCCACAAGGGGAAAUGUUAUUCCUGCCCCCACUGCUUUGUCAGCUUUGCUCGCAAGUCCAACCUCUCCAAACACCUGCUUAGAUGUCGUAAACCUAAAUGA